ACACUUGCUGAUAUCUGUCCAAUUUUUUGGAUUUAGAAAAUUCCCGAAAUUAUAAGCGCUGCUGGAACGGUGUGAUAUUUUGUGUGGACGCAAAUUGUACGAACAGGCAACGGGGCAAAUCCACUUGGACACACAGUAAACAGCGAUGGCCGACGACUGGGAAUCCGCAGCGGACAGUGAAGUCAUACUUCAAAAUGCAGCCAGCACCGUAAACAAGUGGGAGGGAGAGGACGACGACGACGAUGUGAAGGAGAGCUGGGAGGAUGAGGAGGAGAAGAAGGACGAGGAGAACGAGAAGCCCACAAAAACAGAUGUGCCAGUCAAAACCAAGCCAAGCAAAGCGCUCAAAGCCAAAUUAGAAGAACAAGCGCGACUUGAAGAGGAGGAGGAAGCGAAACGGCUGGCCAGCCUCACACCUGAGGAGAAAUUGGCCGAGAAGCUGCGGCUGCAAAAGAUCCAGGAGGACUCGGAUCUGAACCACGCCCUCGACACAUUCGGAGUGACGCGGGCCGAAACGAACGGCAACGGCCUCGACGCCUUCAACCCGGAAACCAAGGAGCAGUUCAAAGAGUUCGGCUCAGCGCUCAGCUGGAAGGUGGGCCAGUAUCGCGAAUCUGCCGAUUUCCCCCAGUUCGUCGAGGAUUUGGUGCGCGGUCUAUGCAUACACUUGAGCGCCGCUGACAUUAAGAAGGUCAAGAUGAGCGUGGAAAUUUUGCACUCGGAAAAACUCAAAAUGGAGAAGGCCAGUGCCAAGAAAGCUGCUGGCAAGAACAAGGGAAAGGCUACGCUUCGCGCAGAGAGCGAUGAUAUUGAUGACUACAAGAAGUAUGGCAAUGAUUUCUCCGAAGAUUACGAUGACUUUAUGUGAAUAAGCGAUAACCGAGUAUAUAUAGAGUUACCCCCUCCUUCAUAUAUCUAAUUAUUGAAUACAUAGUUGCUUGUUGAAGAGUUCUUCGUGUUAAAGAAAGUGCGCAGGAAUUAAAACACUUUGUUGGUUAUGAAAGUAUAAAACAAAAACUAAAUGAAUAUAUAUAUAUAUAUCUAUCUACCUGUACAUAUAUAUAUUUGUAUGACCCUACCAAACAUAUAGAGCAUCGGUAGACACAUAGAGAGAGACAUACAUAUACAUAUAUAUACUAGCAUACGGUCAAGUCAAGUAAAGCAAUCAGAUCAGGAAACCCUCAGCCUCGAAACCUCUUUCGAACAUGCUAAAUCAACAGAUUAUUUAGGAACAAACAAAUUACAACAUUUACCCUUGGCAACUACCAACUAGGAAUGGCUUCUUGUAAAAUUCACCUUUGUAUAAAUAAAACUUCAUUGCGAUAUUAAACUGA